AUGUUAACUCAUCAACAUUCAACAAAUUUAAAACAACAAUCAGAUCAUGAUCUUACAGAAUUAUCAUGGUUAACUCAAUCAGAUAUGUUUGAUCGUUCACCAUCAACACAUCGAGUACCUAUAUUAAGUAAAAAUUUACCAAUUUAUAUUACAGAUAAACAUCGUCAUUGUUCAUCACCAUUAAAUUUUAUUGAUUCAUCUGAUAGUGAACAUGAUAAUGAUUCAUCAUCACUUUAUUCUUCAAGUGAACGUGUUACAACAACAACUGAUAUUAUUUCACCACCACAUUCAGCAUUAUGUUUUUGGAUAUUAUUUGCUAUUGAAGAUUCUAAAUCUCGUAUAUUAACAUUAAAUGAAAUAUGUGAUUGGAUUGAACAUCAUAUUGAACAAUCAAUAAAUCAUAAUUUAAAUUCAUCAAAUGAUGAACAAUUAAUACAAAGUGCUCGUUUAAAAAGUAAAAUACGUUAUCAUAUGACAAAACAAUUAUCAUUUUUUGUUAAAAUAAUUAAAAAUCCAAUAAAUGGAAUGAAAUUACGUUAUCCAUUAUGGACAAUAGAUCGUACAAAACGUUUAAUUUUACUUGAUACAUUAUUAACAAUGAAUAUAAGACAAUUAUCAUUAACAACACAAUAUACAAUUAAUCUAUUUGAACGUUUAUGUUUUGAAAGACGACAAAAUUUAAUAUGUAAUACAAAUGAUGAAAAUAGUUGUCCAUUAAAAAAUCAAAAACGUAAUAAAAUUAUUCAUCAUCUUACAUCAUCAGAUGAAACAAAUAAUACAAAAAGAAAAAAACAACAUUCAAAAUAUAAUUUAUCAACAAUUCCUAGUGUUGAAGUUGUUGAUGCUGCAAUGACUUUACUUCUUUUACGACAACCAAAAUGA